CGCACAGCACCGGGUUAGUGUGGCUUAAGCUUCGGUGGCUGGACGGUGGUUAUUUCGUUCUUUUCGCGCUGGAUUUUGCGAUUGGUAUCAUAAUCAAAUAUUGGUGAGGGUUGUGAUUCGUGAACGGAGCGUGACCUGAGUGCAAUUUUACGGAAAGGUGUUUAGUCUCAAAGAAAGAGAUCUACAUUCGAGAAUUUUCUCAAGAUGAACGACUGUCGAAUCUUGGUCGACGUCGACUGCAGUCGCUUCGAAGAUGACGCCUUUUCACUUCUGGACAAGUCCGCCGAGGUCAACGUUGUUCGCGACCUCAAAUCUUCCACUGUGGCAACCUUUGAUCAGACGAGCUUCCCUCACCUGAGCUCUUCCUCGCGAACUCAGCUCAAGCAGCAGCUCCUGCGCGAACAGGUCAAGAGCUAUGACAUGGAGCAAAGCCCCUCACCUUCACCAUCCGUGUUCUCCGUCAAACUUCCGUUGGAGAACAUGGACAUUGAACUCCCGAAGAAGGUCCUGCAGGUGGAAACGCGCCUGGAGAACCCCACCCGCUACCACGUGAUCCAGAAACAGAAAACUCAAGUCCGCGAGUACGUUACAGCUGCCCUCAAGCUAACGAAGCAAACCGUACUACGCGAAGCGAAGCACUCCCGCUUGCUGAUCCUAAGCAAGCUGUACGACUCGUUCAUCAACACCAAACCGACAUCGACGACCACCUCCAGCGGUAAUGCUUCAGCCACUUCCGCCAUCCAGGCGCCCAGUACGACGGCGAGUGUGCUGGCCAACAGUCUCGAGCAGCAGCAGGACUGGCGCCUGGAGAUGAAGCUGUCGGCGCGCUUCGGCAACCGGGUCUACAACUCGUUCAUCGACGAGUUCGACUACAUCCGGGACCUGCUGUGUCUGAUCCGCUUCGAGAUUCCCAAGUGGGUCUUCGUGGUGACGGAGUUUGAGAGUGAGAUUUCCUCGUUUCAGAAUGCCAAAACGGCCGCCGUGGAGGAACUGCUGGCCAAGCAAACGUUGGCCGUCGAGAAGAACUCCAAACACGAGAAGUUCAUCGAGGCGGAGGUGCGCGAUCGGAUCAAAAAGGAUAACCAUAACUGCAGUAGGUAUUGGGGAAGGGCUGUGGGUUUGGUAAGAUGAUGUUUUCCCCUUUGACGUUGUAUCGGAUGGGUUUAUAGUUCAUAAGGUUCUGCGCAUCAAAAUUUAUGGUAUAUAAAAAGUAUAUUUCUAAUCUAAUCUAAUGUUAUAUAAAAAGCAUAUUUUUAAUUUAAUUUUAUACUAUAUAAUCAUAAUCAGAUCACAAUUUUAAAGAUCUAUUUCAGGUUUUUUUUAUUUAUUAUAAUUAUUUUGUUAUCUAAUGAGUGUUUUCUAAUGAUCUAAAUUUAGCCUCGAGGAAAUGCUGACAAGCUCUGGAAAUCUAACCGAACAGCGUUCUUUAGACAUUUUGAAUGUUAUAUAUUUCUAGAUUUAAACAGGUUUUAUUGAAGACUCACCAAAUAUGUACGAUACUGCAUUCAUGGAUGGUAACAUAGCGACGACCUUUGCCGCUUAGUGUUAAAAGAAAUCAUCGCAUUUAGAGAAGGUAUGGCCUUUAUAUUAUCCAAUCAAUUUGAUCACUUGUCAUAUAACAAGUUAGUACUUUUCCAUUUAAUUCCACCACCUUAUGGCAGUUUUACAGAUACGUAUUUCGACCUCAACAGAAAGACCGUCUAUACUUCGAGCACACUUCGCCGUCAUAUGAAGUUGACUACAAAACGCUAGUUGGAUCAAUUUUUCUCAGUACGAGACCAGAACAAUGAUCAUGGAUGAUCAACGGGCUUUUAACAUCUUUGAAAGGAACGGUGUGCCACGAAACACGGUUCAGGAAGAUGAAUAGAAAAUCCGACGACUGCGGUGAGCUGGCCAUUGGGACCCUCUAUGGACUGGUGAACAGCAGCUAUGGGGCGAGUGAAAUGGAAAUCAAUCUGAUAAUAAACAAAAAUAAAUUAUUGUUCGAUAAGCAAACAGUUCUUGUUUGCGUUUAUUCAUCAGCUAGGCUACUAAAAAAGUCAUAAAUGAUUAGCUUUAUUUUUGAAAGAUUCUAAUUAUCAAUAAUUUCUGAAACUCGGCCACAAUAUACAAGGAAGAAUGAUGAAGACAAAUUUGAACACCA